CACAGUGGAAAGCUGAUGUGAGUGUGUAAAUAAUAUAAUCAUGGAGAGAAUACUACGAGGUAUUAUGCGAUAUCGUGUUUUGGAUCGUUCAGUUAUGGUGAAGCAGUUCCAACAAGUAAAAAGCACGCCGACGCACGCAGCACGUAAACGCUACUCGCGAAGUCACGUGACGCUGUUAAGACCAAGCAAAGGAGACCCUGGGGAAGGACCCAAGGCGGUUUUCUACACGUGCAUGGACAGUAGAAUGAUACCGACGAGGUUCACAGAGACAAGCGUAGGCGAUAUGUUUGUAGUGCGAAACGCUGGUAACUUGGUUCCUCACUCGAGGCACUUCAAGGAUGAGAUGACCAGCUGCGAGCCGGCCGCCUUGGAGCUCGGCUGUAUAACCUAUGAUAUAAGGCACAUUAUUGUGUGUGGCCACAGUGACUGUAAAGCGAUGAACCUUCUCUAUAAGCUAAAGGAUGAGAAGGAAACUACAACAGAAAAAAGAAGACUGUCUCCUUUAACAUCAUUCAUGUGUAGUUAUGCUAAAAGUAGUUUGGACAAAUUCCUUAAAAUGAACGGUGACUUCACGAAGCCAGUGAAAUUUACAGCUGAAACACCACAUAGAAAAUUUGUGGCGUACAUAGACCCAGAGAACAAAUUUUGCAUAGAGGACAAACUGUCACAGGUAAAUACCCUGCAACAAUUAUCAAAUAUCGCGUCCUACGGAAUGCUGAAGAAGCGUUUGGAGAAGUACGACCUUCACAUUCAUGCUCUCUGGUUCGAUAUCUACACGGGCGACAUUUUCUACUUCAGUAGGAGAGCCAAGCGUUUUGUGAUAAUCGACGAGUCAUCUUACGAGGAACUAGCAGCUGAAGUCAGAAGAUAUUACUCAUAGUAUUUUCUUAAACUUUAAUAGAUUCAUUCUGAUUGACUUUUAAAAUAGCUGGCAUGCCACCAACAAUCAUCAAAACCUAAGCUAUUUUUGAUGAAUCCGAACGCAAUGGGAUGUCGGUCAUGGAGAGCAAGCUUAAUAAGAGGGUAGCUAUAGAAUGGUAUGGUUAAAAUAUUGUAUGCCUCACAUUUCAAAGUAAACAGUUGUUUAAAGAAAAAUGGACGUUUAUGCUGUCGUGAACUUGGGCCUAAGUUGGUGACCGCUGAUUUGAACUACGUCAGUCGUGAGUUCAGACGUACGUUACCUAGGGUACGCAAAUAGAUUCAAUCCGAGGAGAACGUCAGAGUUUCAAAUAAGAGGUCAGUGCGUCAUUAGACAAUGACGAUAACAUACGUCACGCAAGAUGAAUGAAUGAUGAAUCGUGUCUGCUGAGAAGUUAUGAAAUAGUUAAACGCAACACUAUCAGUACGUUCCUAUAAAGUGCCUUCUAAAAUUGGAUUUCAGACUAAAAGUUCGGCGCUUUUUGUGUUGGCGUAACGUGUCUCUCAAUAAACUAAUGCAUUCUAUACAAUAUUCCAUAAAUUGUGUACCUGCAAUCUGCAUACUUAGUGGAAUUAAAUCGGAUCACACACACAUUUCAUAGUUAAUUAAAUGUGAUGUCUCACUUAGCUUUUAAUUUAUUUUUGAUACAUUUAUACGUAUUUAUAAGUAUUUGUUAAAUAAUUAUUAUGGUCGUGUUAUUUUUGUCAAUUUGCUUGCCUUAUUCAUUGGGACCAAAAAUAUAGAUUUUGUAUUGUCUUCA